GAUGCCGAGAAAGAGUCAGCGUUCCCAGGCUCAAAAGCUCAGAUGGCAGAAGGAGAAACGGUCUCAGAGCGAUCAAGUGACAGGUACUGACUCUGAGAAUAACAAGCAGCAGUUUCAGAAUAUACCAUACACUGAUGUUGCACAGAGACAGCUUGCUAGAGAUGGUAUGUGUGUUGGGGAGUGUUUUGAACGACAGCAGGUAAAUGAUAGAAGUGGAAACAGUUUAUCCUCUGUGGUAGCACUAUCUGAUGGAAACACUGCCCAAACAGCUUUCCAGCAUGAUGCAGGAGAUACAAAGCAAAGUGCAUCCCAGGUGUCGUAUGCUGACAUGGUGAAAAGAGGAUGUGGUUCAGCUCAGCAGUCUCGAGUUAAUGCAGAACUUCAGCCAUCAGUGACACAUGUGUGUGCCUCACGGAGUCAGGAUUCGUUGAAAUAUGGAAAAUACAGGAACAGUCAGUGUAUGGCCAACAGUUUGGUGUUUCUGGCUUUUUUCCACGAGAAUGAAAUGAUUACCAGACCAGAUCUUGACCUCGUUCUGGAUAAAGGUGAUGCUGUGUACAGACAGGCUAGAGAAAGAUUUCCUCGUAGCAUCCAUUUGGCAACUGAUGAACUACCAAAUGAGGUAAGUGCUCGCAGGUCAACAUAUCAGGUGGACAUGACUCCAUUACCUGUGUGUGGAACAUUUGGAGGUGGACAGACUUAUCCAAGCCUGGAAGAAGCAUUGAGCCAUUUGUCAUCAGAUGUACAAUAUGGGCUGCUGAUCAUGUCAGGUUUAUGCAUUGCUGUUUUCAGAAGCAGAUCUGGUGAAUAUGGAUACUUUGACCCACACACAAGGAACAAAAAUGGAAUGCCAGUGACAUUCAGUCUUUUAAACUUUGGCACAGCAGUGAUGCUGAAAUUUGCCCAUCUUACUGACAUGAUUCAGAGAUUAAAGUCAAUUUACACAAUGCUUAACGUACCAUCAUCUUGUGUAUUUGAACUCCAGCCCCUGUCAUUUUACCAGAGAGAUGCUUCAGACACAGUUGGCACGUCUCCUCUGUUACCUGAAUCUGACACACCAAGUGCUGUUCAACAUGAGGUUGAGUCUGCCUCCCUUGCACAAAACAUUCCUGGUCUUGAGUCAAACAUCAAUGUUGAAGUCAUGUCUCCUGUUGAAAGUUGUUCUUCUGAUGAUGUAAUUGAAGGUGCAUCUAAUGCAGUUAGUUUUAUGUCGUCUGUCACACAAGAAAAUACAGUACUCCCCAUUUCCAGUGAAACAAGAAAAAUGCAACAAGUGUACUUUUGGAAAUGUCUUUGAAACUGUCAAAGUACCCUAAAGCACAAAGACAAAAGAUAAAGAUGAGACUACUUAAGACAGAGAAACUGAGACAAAAAAAAGAGAAUCAAAAAAGGAAGGAAAGAGAAAACUAUGCGUUAAGGGAAUCUUUCAGAGCAA